UUUCGCGUUGCCGUGGAGACGGAGCCGCGCCAUGGCUAAGGAGAGGCGCAGCGCGAUGGCGGCGGCGGCGCUCUUCUUACUAGGCGUGCUGGUCGUCCUCUCGCCGCUGCUGGUGGCCUUCCGGAGCCACGGAUUCUGGCUGAAGCGGAGCAGCUACGAGGAGCAGCCCAGGGUCCGCUUUCAGCAUGAGGUGCUGUUAACAGGACUUCUGGCUGGAGAGCAGGGCAGUGGGGGCUUCGUGGGGUGGAGCUCCUUUGCAGCCUGCAACCGGCUUCUGGGUGACCACCUACGCCUCCCACUCAUCUCGGCCCGGGAGGAGGACGCGGACCAUGACGGCCUAAUGGACCAGCUCCACUUCCGCCUGGAGCUCCCUCUGCGGCCCUCAGAGCAAGUCGUGGGCGUCCAGCUCCUGCUGACCUUCUCCUACCAGCUGCAGGUGAGGAGUCCAGGGCGUGAUUGUUCAUCAAAUUUGGAAUUAUGGUCAACUCCACUUGCACUAUAUGGCUGCCACGAUACAUCUUAGAGGAACACCGGUGCCAGCCAUUUUUAUUGUAACUGUAUUUUAAACUGUUUUGAGGGUAUUUGUUGUAAUGUUUAUUUAUGUUUUAGUUAAUUAUGCCUUACUGAGUAUUCUGUUAUAUUUUAUCUCGAUGCUUAAUGCUUUGUGGUAAACUCACUGUUAUUG